GCGACAUCUCGUGCUCCUCAUCUGCCACGAUGACGCUGCAUCAGUAUGACUACAUCUUCGCUAUCGGCACCUUGUUUGCCAUGCUGGAUGCCUACAACAACGGUGCCAACGAUGUUGCCAACUCCUGGGCCACCAGUGUCUCCUCCCGUUCCAUCUCCUACCGCCAGGCCAUGAUCUUCGGCACCAUCUUCGAGAUGCUGGGCGCCAUCACCGUCGGUGCCCGCACCGCCGAUACCAUCAAGAACGGGAUCAUCCCCAACUCCGCCUUCCAGGGCAAUGCCGGUGUGCAGAUGCUGGCCUUCACCUGCGCCCUCGCUGCUGCCUCCUCGUGGGUCAUGUGGUGCACGCGACACUCCGCCCACGUCUCCUCCACCUACUCCCUCAUCUCCGCCGUCGCAGGGGUCGGUGUGGCCACUGUCGGCGCGUCGCAUGUACAAUGGGGAUGGAACGGCGGCAAGGGCAUGGGGGCCAUCCUGGCGGGUCUAGGCAUGGCGCCCGUGAUCUCGGGCUGCUUCGCCUCGAUCAUCUUCACCCUCAUCAAGGUGGUGGUGCACAAGCGCCGCAACCCGAUCCCCUGGUCGGUGUACACCUCCCCCUUCUGGUUUCUUCUCGCGGCCACCCUGUGCACCCUCUCCAUCGUUUACAAGGGCUCUCCCAAUCUUGGCCUGAGCAAGAAGCCCGGCUGGUACAUCGGGGCCGUGACGAUGGGCACCGGUGGCGGCGUGGCUGUGCUGUCCGCCCUCUUCUUUCUCCCGUUCGUGCACGCGCGCGUCAUCAAGAAGGACCCGAACGUCAAGUGGUGGAUGUUCCUCUACGGGCCCCUGUUGCUGCAACGCCCUGCCCCCGCCAACGCCGAGUCCGCCAAGGUCCCCAACUACGCUGUCAUCCAGGAGGACGAAUUCGCGACGCCCCCCGGCUCCCCCGAGACCCUCAUGGGGACCGACGCCGACGCCCCCACUACUUCUGAUCAGGGUGGUGGUGAGAAGAACCUUGUAGCCGCCGAAGCCCACCAGCUCACCUACAAGGAGCUCACGGCGCAGUCGGACGCACGCCUUCGGGCCCGGCUGCUGCAGAAGCGCGGCCCGCUGGGCUGGGCGAUGCGCACGCUGCGCGACAACCCGAUGGGGCCCGGCCAGCUGUACGAGUUCCGCAACAUGGCGACCAUGGCCAAGCGUCUCCCCGCGAUGGUCGUGGUGGGUCUGCUGUACGGGCUGCACUACGACAUCCACGCGGCCCAGAGCGGCAUCACCGGCACCCCCGAGGGCGACCGCAUGCAGCGGGUCUACGACCACGCCACCAAGUACCCCAAUGAGGUCGAACACACCUACUCGUUCGUGCAGGUGCUGACGGCGUGUACCGCCUCGUUCGCCCACGGCGCCAACGACAUCGGGAACUCGGUGGGUCCGUGGGCGGUUAUCUACUCGUCUUGGAGCACGGGGAAUGCCGCCCAGUCGAAGGCCCCGGUGCCCGUGUGGCAGCUGGCGGUCUUGUCGGCGUGUAUUUCGAUCGGGUUGGUUACUUAUGGGUAUAAUAUCAUGAAGGGCUGCUCCAUGGAGCUCGGCGCCGCCCUCACCGUCCUCGUCUUCUCGCAGUACUCGCUCCCCGUCUCGACAUCCAUGUGCAUCACCGGCGCCACCGUCGGCGUCGGGCUGUGCAACGGCACUUGGCGCGCAGUGAAUUGGCAGCGGGUGGGCCUGUUGCUGACGGCGUGGAUUCUGACGCUGCCAAUUGCGGGUACGCUGGGUGGAUGUUUGAUGGGGUUGUUUAUUAAUGCCCCUCAUUUUGCUUCUUAG